GAAGUCGUGGAAUUCUGAGAUUCGGCAACAUGGACGAGAUGAAAACAUGGCCAGAAGUAGAGAAAGUAGCGACAGAAAAGAGACGAGAGUUGGUUUUGCAAGGCGCAGCAGCCGACAAGAAGAUUUCCACACAUGGGGGUCUCACGCCUGCCAUUUAUUCCCUCAAGCUGCUCAAUUAUUUGGAAGUUAGCCAGUGUCCGAGUUUGACAAAGCUCCACGACGACAUCCAGCAUCUGAGCAACCUUCAAAGUCUCAUCCUGUGCAGAAACAAACUGGACUGCAUACCGGAUGUCAUCGGCAGCCUCAAGUCCCUAAAAGUUCUGGACGUUUCGGUUAAUAACCUGAAGGUUUUGCCAGAAGGAGUCACCCGGCUACAAGAGCUGACCACAUUGAAUGUGAGCUGCAAUAGCAUGGAGGCUCUCCCGAAUGGGUUGAGCCAGUGCACCAAACUGUCCACCAUUAACAUCUCAAAGAACCGCAUCUCUGGCUUCCCUGAGGAUCUCUGCUCGGAGCGCUUGGAUCUGCUUUGCACCCUGGUCGCCUCGGAUAACGCCAUCGUUGAGCUGAGCAGAGAUAUUUACAGGCUACCUGCUCUAAAGGUUCUGGAUCUCUCCAACAACAAGCUGAGCGAGGUCCCAUCUACUCUAAGUGACUGCUCUAAGCUGAAGGAGAUCAACUUCAAGGGCAACAAGCUGAACGACAAGCGCCUGGAGAAGAUGAUGAACGGCUGCCAGACCAAGUCCAUCCUGGACUACCUCAGAGGAAAAGGGAGGCAUGGUGAGGACAGCGGUGACGUGGAUGGAGGGCGCAGCUCUGACAAGAAGAAGAGGCAACAGCAGCAGAAGAAAAAGAAGAAGAAUAAGGAUGAAGAGGAAGAUGAUGAUGAGGUGGAAGAAGUGAACAAAAUGGUGGUGAGGGUUCUCCGUGUUUCUGAUGCUCCCGACACGCUCAGUGUCAGAGUAAGCACAGAGGUGAAGGAUGUGCGGCCUUACUUGGUGUGCUGUGUGGUCCGAGGCAUGAACCUCAAACCUGGGAACGCUCUCAAGAGGUUUCUGAUUGCUCAGACAAAACUCCAUGAGGAAAUAUGCGAGAAGAGGACCAUUGCCACCAUUGCUACUCAUGAUGUGCAGCUUCUCAAAGGUCCUCUGGUGUAUGAGGCCCAACCUCCCACACAGCUAAAGAUUGUGCCACUGGGUCGGAAGGAGAUGACGGCCGUGGAGCUGAUAAGACAUCUUCAACUGGAGGCUAACGAGCUGAGGAAGCAGAAGAAAAGGCAGAAUGUCACUGGCCUCCACAAAUACCUGCAGCUUCUGCAAGGAAAAGCGCUGUAUCCCUGCUUAGUGGACGCAGAGGGACAUGUCAUCUCAUUCCCGCCUAUCACAAACAGUGAGAAAACCAAGAUCAAGAGGACAACCAAAGAGUUAUUCUUGGAGGUGACGAGCGCAAGCAGCCUGCAGAUCUGUAAAGAUGUAAUGAACACUUUGAUUGCAAAAAUGGCCGAGUUGAACAAGUUUACAGCCGAGCACCGGGAUGAGGCGGAGUCCAGUGGGGAGGGGGAUAUCGCACCACCAGACCAGGAAGCAAGUGCAGACGUAUCCCAUGAACUGACCAUCCAGCAGGUUCGAACGGUGGACCAGGAUGGGAACCUGAAGGUGGUCUACCCAUCUAAGACGGACCUCUCCGAAGACAUCCCUAACUUAACCGUCAUUUGGUAGUUUUCAUUCAGAAUGAAUAUCACAGCGCUAAGAAUACAUUUGCCACUAAAUAAGAAAAUUAACUAAUUAAUUCAUUCAUUUUCUACCGCUUUUUCCUCACGAGGGUCGCGGGGGUGCUGGAGCCUAUCCCAGCUGUCUUUGGGCGAGAGACCCUGGACCCUGGACUCCCCAGCCAAUCACAGGGCACAUAUAGACAAACAACCAUUCACACUCACAUUCAUACCUAUGGACAAUUUGGAGUCGCCAAUUAACCUAGCAUGUUUUUGGAAUGUGGGAGGAAACCGGAGUACCCGGAGAAAACCCACGCAUGCACGGGGAGAACAUGCAAACUCCACACAGAGAUGGCCGAGGGUGGAAUUGAACCCUGGUCUCCUAGCUGUGAGGUCUGUGCGCUAACCACUCGACCGCGUGCCGCCAAAAUGAAUUCAUUAAAGAGAAAAUAAAAUUCAAGUGAAGCUUAGUGACAUUUUUAGUGCUUGUAUGUUCAACCAAAAUCAAUAAAUCAAUGACAUAAUAUUUAGUCUAUAAAGACAUUUUUUGUUCUUUGCGGUUUGUAUAUGCACGCUGGACUCGGUAAAAAAUUUAACUAUGGAAUCAAGCCGCAGGAUCUGCAAAAAGCAUAAAUAAAUUUACCCUUUUUUGUAGUUUUCUUAAAUUUAUGACAUGUAUGAUUUAAAUCUAAAUCUAGCCCACAUAUGCUAAAUGCUAGUAUAGGCAACCAUCUAUUUACAUUCACAGGUGUAAGCAACCUCCAAGUACUUGUAAGUGCCCACACAAGGGUUUCCGAAGACCCCGCUUACUUGCUCUGAUGGUGCAGCUGUUUUUUCCAUUGCAACUGUUGAACAAAGAGGAAAUGUUGGCUUACAGGAAAUUAGCACAUUUUGGCAAAAAUAUAUCUUACAAUCUGUGGUAAUUUUGUUGUAAAUGUAUAAUCUGGCUUACAAAAUGGCUUGCUUGACUGCUUGUACGUUGGUUGGCCUUGUGUGUUUUGCCUGCAAAUAAAUGAUUACUGAUGA